CACAAAGUACUUGACAAGCUAAAAACAAAACGAGUUCGAGUUCCAAACAUUAAAUAUACAUACAAUAUAAGCACAUUUAGCGCAGGCGUUGAACUAGUGCGAAAAAACAAAAAACAAGAACACUUCAAAAACAAAAAGCAAGCGAAUAGACAGAGCGACUUGGGGCCUGAACUGGAGAACUGGAGCCAGUGCAGCAGCCCUCCAACCACAAAACAUACCAUAAACAACUCCAACCAAGAGCAGCUCGAGCGCGUCGAGCGUGCAAAUUAAAAGCGCACAGUAGCACGAAGGAGCAGAAGCAGCAGCAGCAACAACAACAACAACAACAGCCACAGACAGCAACAUGGAAGUGGCAACAACAAACAAUCACAGUCAGAGCCAUCAUCAUCAUCAUCUUAGUGGUGGCAACGGUGGUGCUGGCGGCGGGGGCAACGGCGGUUCCCGUUCCCCGUUUCAGCGUGAGGUGCGUGAAUGGCAACGCAUCGAUCCGGACACUGGAGCGCUGUUCAGCGGCCGCUUGGAGGCAGAUCGCUGGAUAAAUGGACCACUGAACAGCUAUGGCAAGAUAUCAGAUUCCCAAAAUAUCUCACAGCCGAAUGGCACACAGCACACACAGCGCAAACAAAUGGAGGUGCUGCGCACCGCCAAUGGCGCCAUGCAGGUGAUACGCACACAGACAGUACAAAAGACAUCAUCCACAUCCCGUUGGUCCACCUCCUCAUCCACUAAAACCACCACCCGCAGCAGCACAGGCGCAGCGCCCAUGGCGCUAUGGGCGCCUCGAACAAGUCGAGGCGUUGACAUUUGUGAGCUAAGCAACAACGACGACGACGACGACGAUGACAAACAUGAUGAUUAUGUUGAUGAUGAUGAGGAUAGCAUACAUAAUGGCAGCGACGCUGGCGUCGUCCACGAGUGCAUGACUGCAUCCACGCCAAGCACUGGCUAUGGCCAGGAGCUGGUUGAUGAUCAUGUUGAUUUUGUUGUGCUUAAUGGCCAUGCGGACGUUGAUGACGCCGCAGACGACGACGACGACGUCGCUCAUUUGCACAAACUCGGCCACAAUUUGUUACUCGAUACAGCGCCAAGUUUGAAAUUGAGCAAUCUAAUGAAAAGCAGUUCGAGUAUUUCCAGCCAAAGCAGCAACAACUCAAAUUUAACAACUGCAGCAGCAACAGCAGCAGCGGCAGCAGCAGCAGCAGUGGCUGGCAACACCCACAGAAAUGCGGGCAAAAUAAGCCUACAUGCAAUUGUUGGGCAGACAACAACAGCAACAACAGCAGCAGCAGCAACAUCAUCAUCAUCUGGCACAUUAUCAACGUGGCCCCAGCGACUGGAGCAGGCUGACUUAUAUGGCCAGGCCAACAACAACGGCUUCAGCAGCAGCAGCAGCGGCAGCGGCAGCCAAAAGCGUCGCGUGGGCGUUGCUGCUGACGUUGCCGCUGUGGCCACGCCAACGCUGCGUCGUGAUUUGGAAAGUUUCCGGCAUCAUGAUGACGCCGCCACCGCCGCCGCCGCCGACGACGACGACGACGUUGAUGAAGAUUUGCGGCUCAGCGCAAGGCACCAGCGUCGCCAGCAGGUGUCCCAAUCCGUUUAUGCGCCGCCGUUGCCCGCCAGCUUUGGCAGCCUGCAGCGUUCCCGUUCCAUAUCCACGGAUGAUCUCAGCAACGAUUGGCAGCAGCGCGGCGAGGAACAGACGGAGGAGGAACUGCCGUGCGGUGAUUGGCGACGCGUUAGUAAAUUGCGUCGUUCCUUUCAGUCGCAGGAUUAUCAUAAUAAAGCACAGGCCAGACCACGUCCACUUCCAUUGGAUUUGCCCAGCAGUACGGUGAGUGUGGCACGCAUACGCGCUGAACUGGAGAACGGACGCAGGCUGAACACGGCCAUGCGCAACAAUCACGUCGAUCUGGCCGCACUGGACAGCAUACUUAACUCUACAGCAGCAGCGGUCGCUGCAGCGGGAGCAGCAGCGAGUGCAACAGCCCAAUCUUCCAGCAAGCCACAGCUGGCCAAGCGCAGCACAUUUCUCACCGCCGCGUCGCUGCAGGAGAUACGAGGCAAAUUAAAAAAACUAUCUGACGAGAGCCUGUACAAGGAGGACUUCCUGGCGCAUCAGGCCAUUGCCCAGCCCGCAGCGGUUGAGGUGGUGCAAGCGCAUGUGCCGGCGACCUCCGCGCCCUCCGCUUUUCGCGUCGUUCACAAUACGCACAGCCUGGAAACGCGUCAGCGUCCAAAGGACAGCAGCUCCAGUGAGUGGCACUUGCGUCGAAAAUCGUACGGGUUUGAAAAGAUGUCACCACCCGAGAAUCGUAGCAUUUUCCGCGUGGACGCCUCCACGGACAGCGGCCUGGGCCGCUCGGGUGAGCAGCUAGGCAAUUGGUCGCCCACUGAGCGUUCGGCGGCUGCUGCGGCCAAUGGAGCUGGCUCCACUAUUAUACACUUUGGCCGACAACAAGUGGGAAAGCCGGCAAGCCCCAGCGAAGCGGAGCAGCUGAGCAAGCGGCACUCCAUUGCGGUAGAGGAAACUUGGCGCGAUAUACGGAAAACUUCACAGGUGCAUGUCAAUGGUGAAUCCAUAAAUGGCAGCAGCAGCAACAACAGUUCCAGUCAGCUGCAGCGCAGCAGCGCACAAAAACGCGUGGAAUUUUGUAAAACUGAGGUGCACUUUGCCGCCGAAUCGGGCCGCGUCAAUAUUGUGGAAACCGAUGGCAAGCCACCGCCCACGCAAAACUUUCGUCGACGCCGACGCACCGCCAGCGGACCGCUGCAGAGCCUGGUCAAGUCAGCCAGCGUCACCAGCAGCAGCAGCAGCUGCUCCAGCAGCAAUGUGACCCACUUUGGCGACGAUCCAAUCAUACGCAACAAAACAAUUGCCUCCAGCACAGUAGCCUAUCGGGCCACAGUGAUGGAGCCACCGGAGCUAGUCACUCAGCCAGUGUCUGGCACCCAGGUUACGGUUAUAACCAAGCCGUUGGUGGAGCCGCGCUACAGUCUGCUAGAGACUACUAGCUCCACGUCCAGGCAUAGCUACACCUCCACCAGCGGAAUGGACACAACGGACAAUGAGACAGACGAGCUGGCCAACAUACGUGGCAUAUUAAAGAAUAAGCCUGUCAAGCCGAAACCCUAUCACCUGGGCGAGAAUAUUGAGAGUGCGGAUGUGCUCUGGAGCAUGCCAGCGACCAUCAAGAGUGAGAACAGGGAGAACAGUCCGCCAAGUCGGGAAAGUGCCGCUGGCGACUCGCCGAUAACCACCAAAUCGGUUGCUGAACGGGUGCGGAUUGUGGAGCAGAGGCAGUUCGAUAAGCAGCAGCAGCAGCCAUCGCCAGCCGGGAAUGGAUACUCGACGAAGAUCAAUGUGAGCCUUGGAGCUGAGGAUUGGUCAGAAACAGGUCGUCGUCGCAGCAGCGCACAGGAGCUGCUGCUGCAGGACUUGCGCGCCCAUCAGCGCAUUCUGGACGAAGGCCUCAAGUCCACAUCGCUUAUUAUGAAAACAAUGCGCUCGGCGAGCGAAUUCGAUGAGGCCAUGCGUCGCCUGAGCAUAGCCUCAAUCGAGUCCGCUUUGAUACAGCCCACUAUUGUGGUUCCCACGCCCAUGUUGCGCUCGCACAGCUAUCAGGAGGAGAGCUGCCGUCGCACCUCAACUACGUCCAUCACCAGCAGCGAUUUAUUUGGCAGCGCUCUAUACGAUUCACUGCCACGCACACCGCUGGCACCGCCACGUCUCAAGCUGCUAGGCAAUACGCAAAUACCCGUGAGCCAGCAGCUGACACAGCUGCGGCGACUCUACGAUGCUGCGGAUCAGGAGGAGGACAGCGCCGAUGAAGAGGUCAAGCGUUAUUUCCGUGAAAGCAACAACAGCGACAGUGGCGGUGGCACUCAAUGCAGCUCCUCACCCGAGGAUACGGUGCUCAAGGGCACUGAAUACUCGAGCAGCUGGAGUCGCCUGAAGGCCAAGCGCACCAUCUGGAAGAUUGAAGCUCAAGAACAAACGCUGCAGCGUACAGAUCUGCCCAAGUCAAAUGUGAUGAACAUAGCUCUGCAUGCACCCCGGUUGCAGAAGCCGAAACCCACACCGCCCACGCUGCGCAUUGGCCAGCUUGUGCCCGUGGCCAAACCUCGAACACUGCUCGUACAGCCACAGCCGCAAGCACAGGUCGUGGACAAUGCAGACGAAUCGGGCAGCGAAUCCCUAAAAAUUGUCAAGGAGGCACGUGGCGCACGCAAGCUGCGCGAGCACGAGCUCUCCUACUUUGGUGUACAGCAUUCACCGACGCCCCCACAGACCACCAAAUUACACGUUACGCCCAGUAACCCACGACGCACGUUGCCCACGCGCAACAAACUAAGCCACAACGAGGAGGCAACCACCGCAACGACAUCAACUACAACCACCACGACCAAGUGGCAGCUUUUGAACGAUCGACCCGAUUUACUGAGGCACAGUCCACAGGCCAACGACGAGAGCAACGCUUUCCCCGAAGAUGAUGAGGAGCACUGCUAUGAGAACAUUGCCAACGAGCUGACCACUACUUUCCGCGUCAAGUCACCCUCGCCGGGCAGCUAUGAGCGCAAAACGGAUUUGCAGCGCGAUGCGCAGAUUCUCAGCGAGAUGACACGCAACGCUGAUCAAACAUUGAAGGCUCUCUCCGAUGAGGCAGCCUUCAAGGAUCAGCGACGUCGUUCCUGCUCGCUGCAGCGCCGCAGCGGCAAACUCUUGGCCACCAUCGAUGAGAAGGUCAAAACUCACAAUGGCGAUGCUAAAGCUUUGAGUGUCGCACGUGGCACCUUCGCCUCGGAGGCACGACGCAAUUCACGACAAUCGACGCCCUCGCCGACCCGUGCACGCAGCUCAUCGCAGUCAUCCAUUGAGUGCUGUCCACGGGAUCGUUCGCGUUCCAGUUCGCGUGAGUCAAUGACACAAGGAGGCGGCUCUUCGGAUGAUCAAUUGAGCAAGCAGCGCGUGGAGCGAAUACGCAUUCGUACGCCCAAACGAGAGAAGACACGUCACGAGACAACUGAACAGCGUUCAUCCAGGCAGAGCAGCAAACCACGCAGCAGCUCCAAUGCGACGCCAGAAAGCAAACGCACGCAUCACCACAGCCGCCACCGGGAGAAGGAGCACAGCGGCGACCAUUCGGCCAAACAUAGCUCGGGCUCGGCAUCAGGCAGUCGGCUGAUACGCUCCACGCGUGUCAGCGAAACCAGUCGCCCACGCACCAGCUCACACCGAACGAGUGAGCGCGAGCGGGAGCGUGAUCGCGCAAGCGGCACUGAGAAGCACCGAGAAGAGCUCACACGCUCGCGUGGUCACUCCAGUCGCUCUAGACACAGUGAGCAGAGCGCAGCUGGGCACAAGUCGAGCAAAAGCACUCGCAGCAAUCAUCAUGACACAGCAAUGUCCGCACACAGAAAGUCCACAACAGCCGGUAAAGUAGCAGCAACAAAAGCCACAACAGCAGCCACAGCAACAACGCACAAAUCAACAACGACACCAACAACAGCAACAGCUACGGCGUCAACAGCAGCAACAGCGACAACAACGCACAACGAACUGACGUACGUAUACGUAACGAAUUUAGCCAAUACACAAACCGCCGAGGAUGCAGACUAUGCCAGCAUCGAUGAGGCAACAGUAACAGUAACGCCCACAGCACUGCCUGCGAUCCCAUUGCCGCCGCCGCGUCUCAAACGCAAGCGAUCGCUCCUACCCGUGCCCGUACAGCGCGAACGUACCACUGCCACGCCCACUGCCGCCUACGAGCAUCGCAUUAAGCUGGAAAUGAUACCCCAAACGCCCAGCUACUCGAAUCAGUCGACGCUGCGCUGCAAACAGCAGCCAAUGCGCAAAUCCUCGCUAAAGUGCACGCAGUCGACCAGCUCGAGUUUCGCCUUUCUGCCCUAUUUGCCGGCCAAGCGCAACUCGAGCGUUAGCCAUGUCUAUGACAAUUAUCUGCUGUACGCGGCGCCGGCCACAUUGACGGCCUCCAAGCUGCGCCCCUAUCAACACAACUUGAGCAACGAGCAUGCGCAGCUCUUUGGCAGCAGUGGGCGUGGCGGCGGUAUUGUGAGUUCCGGUGCGGGAGCGGGCAACGGAGCAACGGGCGCUAUGGCCGGCCGCCUGGGCAGCUGGCCAAAGCGUUUGCGCAUGCGGCAGGUGCGCAGCAGCGUCUCGACGCAUCAGCCGUUCGGCAUCUGCACAUGUUCAUAGUCAGCGCUGGAGCAGCAAACCAAAUAGCAAGUCGCACAUGGAUGGGCGCAACCGGAUCUCGUCACAGUCACAGACAAAAGUUUUCGCUCACGUUUUAAUAACCUCCUAUGCACGCCAACAAAUUUUCCUACCUUUAUUUUUGGGCAUUCUUUUAUAAUUGUUCUUAAUUUGACUACCUCACGCACGCGAAAAGAAAACAACCAAUACGAAGCACGCAAAUCAACACGAAAUAUUAAAAAACAUAAAUCGAACAGAACGAUUCGCAGUUAUCUAACCUGUGUUCCCCCAUACUAAUACUACUUAAAACUCGAGCGGGCGAAAGAAAAAGUGAGUGGGAGAGCAGGCAGAGAGAGGAGGGCUUGUUGUAUACUUUGGAGCACACUCGGCCAUGCACAUAAAAAAAACCCUCACACAUACACACAAUGAAUGAAAAUGGUUCUGUUUUUACUUUUCACAGCGUAAGCGAAUUUUCAAAAUUUUGAAACAUUUUUUACUUAAGCAACUGGAAGCAUGUUGUGGGUGCACUAGGAACGUAGAAUCUAACUGGAAAAACGAUACACUUCUGUAGAAUGCGGGACUAACUUUUCAAAGCC